UCGCUUGGGUACGGUCUCAAACGAUGCAAAUGUUGUUUUUCGGUGGCGUUAAAGCACAAAAACAAACCGCGUUAAAUUCAAAUGGCGCGUGAGAGUGACAUUUUACCGGCUGCGAAUAACCGGUAACGACGGAGGUGUGUUUUUGUUUCUCCGCCCACUCCGGAAAACUCAACCGAGUCGUCGUUAUUUUUAUUUUUUAAGGUGACGUGGAGUCGGACCCCCUCUUCUACUCUGUCUCAUGUGUCAAUAAAAGUACUCGGUGUACCCGGAUAUGAUCGCAAUGAAUCUAUGAAACGUUGGGACUUUGCAUCGAGGGUUUCCAGGAUGUUUAGCUGUAAAUCUUCACAUUGAGCUCCAGCAUCGGCGCAUACCGGAGCAGAGAGGAGACUGUCGGGGCCUGGAGUCCGAGGAAUCCAGCGGACAGACAGGUUUUGUUGGAGCUGCAGCACUGGGAGUGAAGUGACACAACAGUGAGACUGGGGUUAUGCAGUGUGGAAUAGGACACCUGCCAGGUGGCUGCCAGAGGGCGAUGGGCCUGCACUGCGUCUUGAUCCUGUGCUUGUUCUCAGGCUGGGCAGUGGGCUACAAGCAGGGGGACAACGUGACUCUCUAUGUCAACAAAGUGGGCCCUUAUCAUAACCCCCAGGAGACAUAUCACUAUUACACCCUGCCUGUUUGCAGACCGGAGAAGGUGCAUCACAAGUCCCUGACACUGGGAGAAGUGUUGGAUGGUGACAGGAUGGCAGAGUCAUUAUAUUACAUCAGAUUCAAAGAGAACAUGGAGAAAAGAACUCUUUGCAAGCUCACUCUGUCAGAGAAACAGGUGGACCAGCUUCGUGAGGCCAUCGAGGAGCUGUUCUACUUUGAAUUUGUCCUGGAUGAUAUUCCAAUCUGGGGGUUUGUAGGAUACAUAGAAGAGAGCGGCUUCCUGCCUCACAGCCACAAGGUGGGUUUGUGGACUCACCUAGACUUCAACAUUGAGUACAACGGCGACUCAGUAAUUUUCGCCAAUGUCUCAGUAAAAGACGUCAAACCUGUUCCCCUGGAGGAGGGAGCGGGUUCAGCAGUGGGCGGAGUCGGGGUGGGUGGAGGCAGCUUGACCGUCACCCACACCUACAGUGUGCGCUGGUUCGAGUCUCCCCUGCCUCACUCCCGGAGAGCCGAGCGCCUCAGAGACUACUCGUUCUUCCCCAAAACACUGGAGAUCCACUGGCUCUCCAUCAUUAACUCACUGGUGCUGGUGGUGCUGCUGCUGGGCUUCGUCAUCAUCAUCCUCAUGCGGGUCCUUAAGAAUGACUUUGCCAGGUACAAUGUGGAGGAGGAGGGUGGGUGUGAUGAUCUUGACCAGGGAGACAACGGCUGGAAGAUCAUACACACUGAUGUCUUCAGGUUUCCCCCUUAUAAGAGCCUGCUGUGUGCCGUGCUGGGAGUGGGGGCUCAGUUUCUUACCCUUGCCACAGGAAUCAUCUUCAUGGCAUUGAUGGGAAUGUUCAAUGUGCACCGCCAUGGUGCCAUCAACUCUGCAGCUAUCGUCCUGUACGCUCUGACCAGCUGCGUGUCAGGCUACGUGUCAUGCAGCUUUUACACACAAAUCAACGGCCAGCGCUGGGUGUGGAACAUCAUCCUCACCUCGUCGCUCUUCUCCGCUCCUCUGUUCCUGACAUGGAGUGUUGUGAACUCGAUUCACUGGUGGAGCGGCUCCACUCAGGCUCUGCCUGCCACCACCGUGCUCCUCAUUCUGGGUGCCUGGGUGCUGGUGGGCUUCCCACUCACCGUCAUUGGCGGCAUUGUGGGGAAGAACCGCGCCGGCAGCUUCCAGGCGCCGUGCCGCACUCGCAACAUCGCACGGCAGAUACCCACACAGCCCUGGUACAAACACACGGCUGUACACAUGGCUAUCGGUGGCUUCCUGCCAUUCAGUGCCAUCUCAGUGGAGCUGUACUACAUCUUUGCCACAGUUUGGGGCAGAGAGCACUACACCCUCUACGGCAUCCUGCUAUGCGUCUUUGCCAUCCUCCUCUCAGUGGGUGCAUGCAUUUCUGUUGCACUCACCUACUUCCUGCUGUCUGGCGAAGACUACCGGUGGUGGUGGCGGAGCGUCUUGAGCACCGGCUCCACAGGCCUCUUCAUCUUCGUCUACUCUGUUUUCUAUUACCGGAACCGGUCCUCUAUGAGCGGCCUGGUGCAGAGCACCGAAUUCUUCGGUUACUCUCUGCUCACAGCGAUGGUCUUUUCACUGAUGCUGGGCAGCGUGUCGUUCUGGGCCUCACUGGCAUUUAUUCGCUACAUCUACCGUAGCCUCAAGAUGGACUAGACAAGAAAUGUGCAUUCACAGACACACAGAUAUAAACAAACAUUUCCUCAUAGCACACAUGGACAAUCCUCAUUCUCCUCUCUUGCUUUCAGUCAUACACAACACACACAAACACACGCCUCCAGUGUGGGAGGAGAAACAGGGGCCUUUAACUUACUUUGACAGGGGUUAAUGAUUGAAUUAGAGCUGUCAUUGUUGUAAUAAGGGAUGAUUGGUCACUUGGUUGGAUGGUUAGAUCAUGUAUUUAAGGAUGAAAUGGGAAAUUUCAUUACAAAGGGAUAAUUUUGUCCUAUCAGGAGUGAAUGGGUAAAAUGUAUGGUAAUUGAGUGAGUGGGUGGGUUUAAUCAUUGUAUGAUGUAGUGUGGCAUCAUCUGCUCAGGUACCUACUUCAUGGUCCAUCAAGGUUUGGCAGGAUCUGGUCUUAUUUUCCGCAUUACCCCAGUUACCCACCAAGACAGCUGACUCAUACUGUAGUUUCAAUUAUGCAGCAUUGCAGGUGUUAUUACUUGCAAUUAUACUCCCCCACACAUUCAAUUGUGGUGGCCUAUUCGGAUAUAAUAGAUAAAUUAUGUUUGCACUGGCCCUGUCAAGCUCCACAUGGCCCUGCAGUGGGUAAGAGGAGUGAUGCAUUGUAGAUUGAAGAGCUGUUGCAAGGUGUUGGUGAUGGGAGCAAUAUUAUUGUAUUCUGUGAUCACCAUUGACAGAUUUUGGUUCUGAUGUAAAUAUAGUCUUUUCAAUAAAAUGCUUUUAAUACAACAUUACCAGCAAACAA